AUGAGGGGCUGCAAACCCAGCCCAGGUUGUUCUGAGGACGAAAGGCGUACCCUGUGCCAGGAAGGCAGCCAGAGCUCUGAGCUGGUGGUCCUUGAGCAGCUUCAUGAUGGGGAGAAACUCCACAAGUGUUUGGAGUGUGGGAAGGUCUUCAGGAAGAGCAGCACCCUGAUCAGCCACCAGAUGAUCCACACCAGGGAAUGGGCCUACAAGUGUGGGGAGUGUGGGAAGGGCUUCAAGUACAACUCCCACCUCGUCACCCACCGGCACAUCCACACUGGGGAGAGGCCCUACGAGCGUCAUGAGUGUGGGAAGAGCUUCACCCAGAGCUCCAACUUAACCAGACACCAACAGAGUCACCG